AUCCUUCUUACAAGUUAAAAGUACCUGACCAAGUCACACUUAAUGUUAAACUUCAUGUUAUUCUUUUCUGCUGGCUAACACGGAAAACUCUUUCUGGAACAAAAGCGAAAUGCCUUCUACACUCACAGUUCGUCCAAAGCUGCAGUCAGCAGUCGCGGCCUUGGAGCGACACGGAAGAGUGGUCAUCGUCGGUGGCCCUAAAUCUGGAAAAACGUUUCUUGGCCACGAGCUCUUACGUCAUUUCAGCACCCGCUUUACUACCCACAUCGUCUGCAGCACUCGGAAGUUAAGGAAGCACCUAGACGAAGGGAGACAACGCAUCUUGUUGAUGGACGGAACCCUUGGUGAGGUUGGUGUGGACAUGGAGGAGUACAAGGUGUGGCGAGCGCUGCUUCCCAGGCUCAUGACGUGUACAGACGUCAGGCACUGUCUGGUAGUGGUCACGUGUUACCCUCACGUGCUGCUGGAACUGCAGGCAAUGGAGGAAGGCAGCCACAGUUUCCUGCUGAAAGACACUUGCACAGUGAGUCUCAAGGAGAUGGCGGAGGAUGAGAGGAAAGAAAUGCUGCACCACUUUCUCUCGGACCUCAGCAUGACACAGCAGGAGAAACACGCGCUUGUGGAGCGAGUGUUGAAGGACGACAUCAGCGGCGCCACCUUCCCGUGGUGCUGUGCGCGGCUUGUGCAAAGGUUACACAACUCGUCUCUUGACGACCCAAGCGAUGUGUUUACCUGCCCUGCCGAGUCGUACGUCACACUGCUGCACCGCAUGUUGAUGGAUCCGACACACGGAGAGACCGUGGCGGCCUUGUUGUGUCUGACGAUGAUGGGGCUCAGCGACUUCUAUGGUAACCAGCAGAACACUCGCACGGCCUUAAGAGAACUCGGCUUCGUAGAAUUUUCAGCUUACACUCUAGAGAGAGCCGCCUGUUUUCUGAAAAAUUUCAUUCUGUCUGAGGACUGUAGCACUUUUUUCUGUCGUGUCUUGUACGAUGCCGCUGGUCUGGCUUUGGGUCGAUCACAUCUUCUGCCAGUUCUACUGAAGAUAUGCGACAUAGACUUUCUUAUUAAAUAUGCCCGUGUUUUGGUUAAACCCUUUGAAUUUUUUCUUAUCACCCCCUUAAACUCCAAGAACAGUGAGCAUCUAAUGGAAAGAAUUCUUUCAGACAUUUCAGAGGGAAAUCUGAUAGAGAUAUCUCAGUACUUGUCUCUUCAAAGUGAGUUGUUUUUGGAGAAACUGGAGAGGCACAACAGCGCCAGGAGGAGCGGAGAGAUACAGUUAGUACAGGCAGUGGACACUGUGCACGGUCUGUCUCUCUUGUACUGGUCAGCGUGGACGGGUUGUGACUGGCUAAUAAAUUGGUGUCUGGACAUCAGCAUAAAAGAUGGCAAGACCCCGCCAAACCAUCUACAGUCUGCCUUUGUCUGGGCUCUAGCAGAGAGAACUAAGUCGCCAAAAGUUUCUGACGGUGAAAGUCGUAAAAUUUUACAGUCAAUUGAGACUUUUCGGUCAAGAAAAAGCAGUCAGAUCUUAACCUUUAGCCUCCCUUUUCCCAAUAAAACACUUCUUUUCUCGGAGCAGACUAAGCAGUUGUAUAAUCAGGUUACAAGUCUCACAGAAUUGACUUACCUAGGAAAUCCAUCUUUUCCUAUACCACCAUCAGCAUUGAUCACAAAAAAGAAAGGAGAGUCGUUAUACUUGGAGGUUAUAAGCAAGCAGGUGUACCUAGCACUAAGACUGCUGUCUGACACACAGUUGAACCAGGUAGACGACAGAGACAACACGGUGCUGCAUGUUGUUGCAGAGGCCGUUGACGAGGUUUGUCAAGCUGGUCACACUGACCUUGUGAGUCUUCUCCUAGAUAUGGGCGCUGAUGUGAACGCCGUGAACGAGGAUGGAUUAACUGCUCUUCAUCUCAUGUGCAGUACAGGUAGCGUGCACUUCUUGACCAGCAUGAUAAAGCAUGGCGCCGAUGUUCACGUGACUGAUGUUGCGGGCCGCACUCCACUUCACGUAGCCUGCGGUCAAGGCAGCAGCCAGUGCGUCUCCGUUCUACUAGGUCAUGGAGCGGACAUCAACCGUAGCGACAUCAACGGCAACACAGCUCUACACGCAGCAUGUUCUGUUAAGACAAGAGAAACUGUAUCUUUGUUAUUAGAGCGUGGAGCUGAUAUCAACGCUAAAUCCAUUUCUGGCAGAACAUCUUUGCACUGUGCUUGCAAAAAUGGAAAUACUGACACUGCAACUCUGCUGCUAAACAGUGGUGCUGACAUCAAUUCAAAAGACGCUGAUGGCAUAACCCCCCUGCACUUGGCUUGUAGGUCUAAAAAGAAAAAUAUUACAGCCCUGCUGUUAGACCAUGGAGCUGAUAUCAACGCUAGAUGCAAUUUGGGCAAAACACCUUUGCACUGGGCUUGCGGAAAUGGAAAUACUGACACUGCGGCACUGCUAUUAAUCAGUGGUGCUGACAUCAACGCAAAAUGCACUGAUGGCUCAUCGCCUCUGCACUGGGCUUGCAACUCUAAAAAGAAAAAUAUUACAGCCCUGCUGUUAGACCAUGGAGCUGAUAUCAACGCUAAAUCCAUUUCUGGCAGAAUACCUUUACACUGGGCUUGCGAACAUGGAAAUACCGACACCGCAGCUCUGCUACUAAAAAGUGGUGCUGACAUCAACACUAAAUGCACUGAAGGCAUCACACCUCUACACUGCGCUUGCAACUCUAAAAAGAAAAUAACUACAACACUACUGCUAGACCAUGGAGCUGAUAUCAACGCUAGAUGCAAUCGGGGCAGAACACCUUUGCACUGGGCUUGCGGAAAUGGAAAUACAGGGAUUGCAGGUCUGCUGCUAGACCGAGGAGCUGACAUCAACGCAAGAUGCACUGAUGGCACAACACCUUUGCACUGGGCUUGCAAGUCUGAAAAUACAGAUGCUUCAGCGAUGCUGCUAUAUCGUGGAGCUGAUAUCAACGCUAGAUGCAAUCGGGGCAGAACACCUUUGCAUUGGGCUUGUGAACAUGGAAAUACAGGGAUUGCAGGUCUGCUGCUAGAUCGAGGAGCUGACAUCAACGCAAACUGUGCUGAUGGCUUCACACCUCUGCAUCGUGCCUGCGGGGAGGGUAAGACAGACACCGUGGCUUUACUGCUAGACCAUGGAAGUGAUAUAAAUUCUAAAUCCAUGAAUGGACUGACACCUCUUCACGUUGCCUGCAGCAAAGGGGAGAAAGACACUGCAGCUUUACUGCUGGACCGUGGAGCUGACAUUAAUGCUCGGUCUACCGACGGCAACAAACCUGAGGACUGUGCCGAGAAGAAUGGUUAUAAAGAGAUGGUCGAUCUGAUUCGGAAGUGGACAGGUGACAAAAGCCUUGAUGAUCAACACCUAUGUGCCAGUGCCUUUGUUUUCAAGAUAAAUAUCGAGCAUGUUGGCUGUGUUAACACUGUCUGCAGGGAAAACGAAAUGACUACUUCAUCCGCAGGUCAAAGCAGGUGUGCCACAGGAAACAGUAACAUACAUAUAGCUUGUGAAAAUGGCGACAUCGCGGCUGUAAAAGAUCUUCUAUGUUGCGGUGUGAGCAUAGAGGAGAGAGAUAGUCAGAAUCAAACUCUGCUGCAUGCUGCUUGUGUGGGAGGCCACAUCGACCUCGUGAGUCUCCUCCUAGAGCUGGGCGCCGAUGUGAAUACUGUGGACACUUGGGGAUCUACUGCUCUACUCAAAGCCUGCUUAGCAAUCCGUGACGACAUUGCGAGUCUGUUGAUUCAACAUGGCGCUGAUGUUCACGUGACCAACGACUCCAAUGACACGGCGCUUCAUCGAGUCUGCCAGUCUGAAUACUACCAAUGCCUUGCCAUGUCACCAGACAGCGAAGACGACAGCACAGAAUUCCUAAAUGAUAAUCCAUCUCCCAACAAUAUUUCCCCUCAAGUGAGAAAUACAAACAUCAUUUCGUUGUUGUUAGACCAUGAAGUUGAUGUAAAUGCCAAAGCCAGCUGUGGCGAAACAGCGCUGCAUUAUGCCUGCUUGCCGGACACUGUAGCUCUGCUGAUGAAGUUUGGAGCUGACGUGAAUGUCACGUGUGAAAGUCAAGAAACGCCUCUACACCAUAUCUGCCAGUAUGGAUACACAGACACUGCAGCUGUCCUGUUAGACCACGGGGCUGAUAUAAAUGCCAACUCUGUCUACAACAAAACGCCUCUUCACCAUGCGUGUGGUGAAUAUGGAAACACGAAGACCGUAGCUCUCCUGCUUGACCGUGGGGCUGAUAUAAAUGCCAGCUCUGUCUACAGCAAAACACCUCUUCACGAUGCUUGUAAGCAUACAAAUGAGGAGACUGUAGCUCUCCUUCUAGAGCAUGGAGCUGAUGUCAACGCCAUAUCUGUUAAGGAAAAAACUCCUCUCCUCUACGUCUGCAAAAACGGAAAGACAGAAUCUGCUAAUCUGCUGAUAAACGGUGGAGCUGACGUCAAUGCCAAAUGUUCAGGUGGCCUAACGCCCCUGCACUCUGCGUGCGAAAAUGGAAACACGGAGACAGUAGCUCUCCUGCUAAACAGUGGAGCCGAUGUCAAUGCCGAAUGCACAGAUGGCCUUAUGCCACUACACUCUGCCUGUCUAUACAAAAAUACAGACACUAUAAAACUCUUGCUGGAGCGCGGAGCUGACGUCAACGCCAAAUACAUCAAAGACAAAACACCUCUGCACUAUGCCUGCGAAAAAGGAAAGAUAGAAACGGCAAAUCUGCUCAUAAAUUCUGGAGCUGAUAUAGAGGGAACAUGCACAGAUGGCUUAACACCUCUGCACUAUGCUUGCGUUAAAGGAACAACAGACAUUGUAGGACUCCUUCUUGACCGUAGAGCUGAUAUCAAUGCCAAAUGCAUCAAAGGCAAAACACCUCUGCACUAUGCUUGCAUGAACGAUAGAACAGCCACUGUAGGAUUCCUUCUCGAUCGAGGAGCUGACUUAAGCGCCAAAUCUUUAUCUGGUCAAGCACCAAUACACUAUGCCUGUGAGGAGAACACUGUAAAACUCUUGUUGGACUGUGGAGCUGGUGUCAAUGACAAAUCCACUGACGACAAAACACCUCUGCAUUUUGCCUGUGCAGAUGGCAAGAUAGAGACUGCACAUCUUCUGCUAGACCGUGGGGCUGAAGUCAAUGCAAGAUCGUCGUAUGGUCUAACACCUCUACACUAUGCCUGUAGAGAGGGACAGACGGAGGCUGCAAAUCUUAUGCUUCUCAAUGGAGCUGAUGUCCAUGCCAAAUGCACAGAUGGGCUAACACCUCUGCACUAUGCCUGCAUAAACGAUAGAACAGCCACUGUAGGAUUCCUUCUCGAUCGAGGAGCUGACUUAAGCGCCAAAUCUUUAUCUGGUCUAGCACCAAUACACUAUGCCUGUGAGGAGAACACUGUAAAACUCUUGUUGGACUGUGGAGCUGGUGUCAAUGACAAAUCCACUGACGACAAAACACCUCUGCAUUUUGCCUGUGCAGAUGGCAAGAUAGAGACUGCACAUCUUCUGCUAGACCGUGGGGCUGAAGUCAAUGCAAGAUCGUCGUAUGGUCUAACACCUCUACACUAUGCCUGUAGAGAGGGACAGACGGAGGCUGCAAAUCUUAUGCUUCUCAAUGGAGCUGAUGUCCAUGCAAAAUGCACAGAUGGGCUAACACCUCUACACUAUGCUUGCAUCAGUGGUAGAACAGCCAUUGCAAGAGAACUGUUGGAUUGUGGAGCAAGCGUUAAUGCCAAAUCCAUCGAAGACCAAACACCUUUGCACUGUGCCUGUGCAAGUGGAAAGAUAGAGACUGCAAAUCUUUUGUUAGACCGUGGGGCUGAAGUAAAUGCAAAAUCGUCGUGUGGUCUAGCUCCUCUACACUACGCCUGUAGAGAGGGACACACAGAGGUUGCAAAUGUUAUGCUUCUUCGUGGAGCUGAUGUCAACGGACAGGUACUAACGCAAGGUGCCAGUGAAGAGGGAAGAACAGAGACUGUAGGACUUCCCGACAGUAGAGAUGACGACAAUGCCGGUAUAUUCAAUGACCACACUCCUCUGCACUGGGCAUGUUUUGGUGGUAAGACACACACGGCUACUUUUCUUUUGGAUCAUGGAGCUGAUAUCAAUGCCAUCUCUGCAUAUGGGCUAACACCUCUCCACUCUGCCUGUCUAUUAGGAAACACAGACACUGCAGCUUUGCUAAUAGACCGUGGAGCUGACAUCAAUUACAAAACAACAAACGGCAGUACACCUCUAAUAAUGGCCUGCAAAGGUGGGAAAACUGACACUGCUGUUUUGCUGCUAGACCGUGGAGCUGAUGUUAUGGCCAAAGCUAUAAAUGGUGAAACACCUCUUCAUUUUGCCUGCAAAGCGAAGGAGACAGACCUUGCGACUCUGCUCUUAAAUCAUGGAGCUGAUAUCAAUGCAAAGUUCGAAGGUGACUGCACUCCUCUGCACUGUGCUUGUAUUGAGGGAAAGACAGAAAUUGCAGCUCUCCUGCUAGACCGCGGAGCUGACAUCAUGGCCACAUCUUCAGAUGGCACAACCUCUCUUCACUUUGCAUGUCUAGCAGGAAAGACAGACAUGGCUGCAUUGCUGUUGGACCAUGGGGUUAAUGUCAACGUUAAAUCCGCAGAGGGUUACACACCUCUACACGGUGCCUGCCUAAAAGGAAAGAUAGAUACUGCUGCUUUGCUUAUAAACCGUGGGGCUAAUGUCAACGAUAAAUCUCACUUUGGCUACACACCUCUGCACAUUGUCUGCGCAUUUAGAAAGACCAAAAUUACAGCUUUUCUGCUAGAUAGUGGAGCUGAUGUCUUGAUCAAAUGUAUUUUGGGCGAAACACCUCUACACUGGGCUUGCAGAGAGGGAAAUACAGAGGUUGCAGCUUUACUGAUAAACCACGGAUCUGACAUCAAUGCUGCAGCAUAUUUUGACCUAACACCUCUGCAUUACGCCUGCAACCACGGGAAUACGGACACUGCAGCUCUACUACUACAUCGUGGAGCUGAUGUCAACGCUCUGUCCACCGAGGGCAACACGCCUGCACAAUGUGCACAGAUGAAAAGCUACGAACAGACGGUCGAUCUGCUCCUGAGGUGGACUGUUUGACUUCAGUCGUGAUGAUGUCUACUUGUCACAAGUUGGUUAAGUCCUUACCCCUGUUGGACAGUUGUUUGUUUUGACUUUUGUCAAAGGACUUAUAUAAUAUUAUUUUCUCUUCGGUUGAACACUUUUUAAAAUGAUUUUACACGAGUCAUGUGCUUUUUAUUGUUAGAAAAAGCACCACUGAUCCUCACAAUGUUGUCUAUAAGAGUUGAAAAUUAAUAUGAAGUGCUUAUAUGCUCUUAGGCCAAAUACAAUAAAAAUGCAUCAAAAAUUGUCAAUCAUUUACAUAUGGUGCGCACACACACACUCGUGUAUAUAAGGACGUGUCAUGCAAACUAGAAAAAAGGCCAGGUUACCUCGGGUUUGCUUUGACCGUCAACUAUUAGUUGACAUUUGCAUUACUUAGUUUUUUUCCUUUUAUGUUUUCUUCAUAUCAGAGAGAUUUUCAAUCCUUUUCCCUUUCGUUGGUUAGCUGAGUUUACACACUAAUAGAUGUACAGUAUAUCUUUUGAUGAUAAAAAUAACAUGUAGAGUGUGAUGAUAAAUGCAUGACGACCACAGUGAUGACAUGAUGAUGAUUGUACUACUAAUAAUAGAUUUAGUUCUCAGAUCUUACAUUGGAUAUAUUUCAUUAAAAUUAAACAUAUUCAUUCUGUAAAUUUUUUUCUGAAUCGAGAUGGUUAUUACUUAAUGCUAAAACUUACUUGACUUCGAGCUCUAUGCUGCUGCUGUCGACAUGAAGUUGUUAUGUCAGCACCGACGUAUAGUAAGCGAAUCGUAGCUCUUAAAUGCUUAGUUCUCUCUCCUAGUGGUAAAUUAAUGCAUUUUUCACAACUGCCAAGAAAAUAUAAAACUUGUUUCCUCGUUAACAGCGAUUUCUUUUCCUGUGUUAUCGUAUAAACAGUAUUUGAGGAACACUUACGGAAUCUACAGAGCGAGCAGACGACACCCAAAUGCAGAAGAUAGCCAAUCAAAAGUCUCGGUUGUGUGCAUGUGUGCGUCGGCUGUUCACUGGUGGCCCUUCUUACGCGAGCGUAAAUGAGUUCCUCACUCCAUUGUGUUUCUGUACGGCUAGUACCAGAGAUAAAUGAAAUAUGUGUGUCCCUGCAAAUACACAAGAUUAUGCCAGGCUUGUGAAAAUGUCGUAGCCUUGGUUUACACACUGCCAAGCCACUCCCAAGCAAACGUCUGCGCGCGCGUAGCAACAAAUGUUUCUUUGAAUAAUUUUAAGGAGUUUCUUUAAAUUUGAUUUUAGUUAUAGUUUGACUUUAAUUAAUUCAUAGUGCUUUUGUCCUAAUGUUUGCAGUCUAUGUUACAUUACUGAAUGAAAUGUGGAUAUUACCAAUUGUAAAUAUAUUAUACGCUGGGAAAAUAAUUUACUAUUAUAAUUACGAGGGGCCCAGAGUAGGUUGUCUGCCCCAGGGCCUGUGCUGGUUCUCGGCGGCCCUGUCUGCAUAGUUGUUAAUUCUCUUCUGUCCAUGUCUCCUACUUAACAGUGAGAGUAUGUUCAUUGAUCAGAGUGAUUAUGUGCUACAUAAAUCACAUUUAUUUAUUGCUAUUAAUUCAUACAAAUGCAUUUACACAACAGGUUCUUGCCUUCACUGUUUUGAUGUUUGUGUGUUGUAGAGAUCUACUGUUGCGCUUGUUUUUUACUUGGUAUACUGCAAGUGAAGCUACAGCAAAGCUUUACAAAGAACUUUUUAGCUGUUUGACACAGUC